CACUCGCUGGGCAGCCCGGCCCUGAGCGCCUUCGAGGGACUUCCGGGGCGGCGCCGGAAGAAGCGAACCAGCAUCGAAACCAACGUCCGGUUCGCGCUGGAGAAAAGCUUCCUGGCGAACCAGAAGCCGACGUCGGAGGAGAUCCUGCUGAUCGCGGAGCAGCUGCACAUGGAGAAGGAGGUGAUCCGGGUCUGGUUCUGCAACCGGCGCCAGAAGGAGAAGCGGAUCAACCCCUGUGGGGCGCCCCACAAAGGGCCCUACAGCCCCCACACGGUGCCCAACCCCGCACUGCCGGCCCCUCAGGCGACCGCUGCGCUCAGCACAACAGGUAGGACCUACAGAAACCCCAUAGAUUGUGUGGGACCCACAGAAACCCCAUAGAUUGUGUGGGACCCACAGGAACCCCAUAGAUUGUGUGGGACCUACAGAAACCCCAUAGAUUGUGUGGGACCUACAGGAACCCCAUAGAUUGUGUGGGACCCACAGGAACCCCAUAGAUUGUGUGGGACCCACAGAAACCCCAUAGAUUGUGUGGGAC